UCGUUUAUUCUGUGAUUCUGUUCUGUGACAAUUGUAAUUUUGAUUUUCGCCUAUUCACGCCGCAAUAGCGUAUACAAAAAAACAAUUAUUUUUUUCUCUUUUAUAAUUAAGAGUAAUUUUUCUGAAAAUAUCUCGUCGAGAUGAGCUCCAUCGGGACUGGGUAUGAUCUUUCGGCAUCUCAAUUUUCGCCGGACGGACGUGUUUUCCAAGUGGAAUAUGCACAAAAAGCAGUUGAAAACAGCGGGACCGUGAUUGGGUUACGAGGCAAAGAUGGGGUUGUUUUUGCCGUAGAGAAACUAAUCACGUCAAAGUUGUACGAGCCAGGCGCAAAUAAGCGCAUAUUAAACAUCGAUCAACACGUAGGAAUGGCUGUUUCCGGUCUAAUUUCGGAUUCUCGACAAAUUGCUGAAACCGCAAGAUCCGAAGCUGCCAGUUAUCGAACUCAAUAUGGAAUUGGCAUUCCUGUAAAAUAUUUAAACGACCGAGUAGCAAUGUACAUGCAUGCCUACACUCUCUACUCUUCGGUGAGGCCUUAUGGAUGUGCUGUCAUCCUUGGUGCUUGGGACGAACUCGAGGGACCGGCAAUGUACAUGAUCGACUCUUCAGGAGUAUCUUACGGUUAUUACGGAUGUGCUAUAGGCAAAGCAAAGCAAUCGGCAAAGACGGAAAUCGAGAAACUCAAACUUGCCGAUAUGACGUGCAAGGAGUUGGUGAAAGAAGCAGCGCGCAUUAUCUAUUUGGUACACGACGAGUUGAAAGACAAACAAUUCGAACUGGAGAUGAGCUGGGUUGGUGCACACACUAGAGGAAAACACGAACGUGUACCGCAAGAAAUCAAGGCUGAGGCGGAAUCGAAAGCUCGUCAAGCGAUGGCCGAAGAUUCCGACAGCGAUACCGAAGACAUGUGAAAAUCUUAAGUGGAACAAUAUUUCGAUCUUUUUAUUCCGAUACACCAACGUCAUCAGAAUUGUAUUCGAAUAACGAUCGAGCUGCGUUAUUACAUAAGUCAUUUAAGCUUUUUGUCACUGGUAAGAUAAACAAAUUAAAGAGGUACACUUUUUUUUCUUUA